GCCAAUAAAAAGUAAUUUAACGUCCCAAAAAGGCUUCCAUUGCAAUUUAAAAAAAAGCACAAGAUAUCUAAAGAAGAAACAAAUUUUAUAUUAAAAAAAAAAACAACCACAUACAACGAAAGUGUAGAAAAAAAUUUUUUGUGAAAAAGCUGCUGUAUAACUUCAGAUAAGCAAAUAACCAGUUAUUGGAAUAAAAAAGGCUGAUGGCAGCAAAAUAAAUUUAAUAACAUAAAUAAUGAGUUCCGUUAAACUUUAAAUGCGGCAUGUCUUUUCUACAAAAUACUUUAAGGAUUUAAAUUCGUUUUUAUUUUCAAAAAUAUCUACAAACAAAAAAUGUUGCAGUUUAACAAUUAAACCCUAAAAAUGUGGUGGCUUCAAUGUGAACACAAGAACAAAACUCAACAGCAAAUCCUCAACAUAAGUCUACAAAAUAAACUUUAACCUCCAAAAAAAAAAUAACAAAAAACAAAAGAAACAGAUAAAAGCUGAAAUAUAAAUUAAAGUUUUCCAAAGAGUUGUGCAGCAAUCUUCCUAUUAGACAGUAAACAACAAUUUAAACAGCAGACAACAGAUAUUUUUUAACUCCAAAACUGUUCUCCCUUCCCUUUUUUUUUGGAAACCUUUAUAAAACAAGGACAGUUGAAACAAAACAAACAUUUUUUUAAAUUCUUUUUGUUUUAAAAUAAAUUUUUAGUAAACGUGUUGGUUUUAAAUUGUUUUAAAUUACAACUUUAUAAAAUUUUAUGAAAGAAAGGGCCUAAGUGCCCUCGGUUAUGGCCUUUAUGAUGAAAAAGAAAAAGUAUCGUUUUAAUGUUGAAGUAAAAUUACAAGACUUGGAAAAUGUGGCCCUGGUAAAUGAGGUGUUGUUUGCGAAAAUUCGUUUGUUGGAUGGUGGCUCAUUUCAGGAAUAUAGCAGCAGGGAAGAAGUACGCAAUCAUCGCGUGGAAUGGAAUCGCAAUUUCGAAUUUCCCUGCAAAAUGUCAGCGAAUGCGUCGACGGGUGUUUUGGAUCCCUGCUAUUUGCGCAUAUCCAUACGCAAAGAGAUGAAGGGUGGUCGUAGUUAUUAUAAAUUAGGUUUUAUUGAUUUAAAUCUUGCCGAAUAUGCAGGCGCUGGUUUAACCUCGCGACGAUUUCUCCUGGAGGGUUAUGACUCCCGGCAUCGUUUAGAUAAUUCCAUGUUAACAUUAUCCAUUAAAAUGUUAAUGUUAAGUGGUGAUAUUUUAUUUAAGGCUCCUACACCAAAUUUAAAAAAUAAACUAAAAACUCCCACAGAUGAUAUGGCCACAGCGGCUACUGGUGUGGGCUUACAAACGCCCACCUCAUUAACUUCCUCCUCUUUACCCACCAUAGGGGUAACACAGCGUCCUGUUUCAACGAUAAGGGAUGAUGAUUCCGAUCCUCAAUAUGUUAUGGCCUCUAUUGUCACCGAUUCCGGCCACUCAGAGUCCUCUGAAUCGGCAAUUACCCUGACACCUGAUGCUUUGCUGUUGCAACAGCAGCAGCAACAACAGCACCACCAGCAGCAGCAACCACAAACGCAUUUGCCAUCUUCCUACCCACCCUCAUCGGCUGCCACUCUGGUGCCUGGUGUUUCUUUAACAAAUGCACAACAAAUGUUACCCUACGGCGGCAUAGGCGGUACGGGUGGUAGCGGUGGUGGUGGCAGCGGCGGCAGUGGCAGUGUUGCUGUUGCCAGCAUUGGUAUUAUUGGUAGCAAUAAUUGUGGCACUACCGCUUCGAUUAGUGGCUUAUCAACUUCAGGUGGCACUGUUCCAGGCCUUGAAAUGGGCCAUUCCAGAAAUUCCAGUAAUACUAGUCAAAUGUCAAAGGGUUCCGGUUAUAGUAGUUUUUCGCACAGUCAACAUUCUCGUCAAAGCUCUGAAGGUGAUUCGGGGCAUGCAAGAUUCAGCAAAUCCGUUUCUCUUCUGAAUAGACUUAAUCAAAGAGCUAUAAAUGCCAUGAAAUUGCAUAUACCCGCUUUAAUACACCACAACAAUCCGCAAGCCCUUGAUAAGGCUAAUGCCUUGAUACUGCAUACAAUGGAACCGGUGGUGGUCUCAACAAAUGUGAUAAAUAUGGACGAGAAUGAGGAGUUGUUGUACCAGACACCCAACUCUUCGGUGAGAGAAGAACUUGGUGUGGACGAUUUCCGUACACCCCUAAAUGAAAUGCCAUCACCGCCACCCUUAUCCUCCAACUCUUUGUAUAAUAUGAAAUUUUUGAAUACACCCUCGCCCACUUAUCGCAGUGUUAAUAGCAAUAGCCGAUCCUGUUCCCGCGAAUCGGAUCUGUUUGCUAGCGGCGAACAAGACAGUGAAAGUGAAACGGCCGAUGAUUCAGGUUUGGAUGAAAACUUCCAUACACCCCGGGUGGCAAAAAUCAAAUCCAUGGAGAAUCUUUCCAUAUUAGAAAUGGAAUUUCAUAAGGCCUCGCAGGAAUUGGAUCGCAAUUCGCCGAGACGUUUAAAGUGGUUGGCCGAACGCGAAAGAAUACAAAUGCCGAAAAUGAAAUCUUUGAAUAAUCUUUGUUUCGAUGAUUAUUCGGAAGAGCAAAUGCGAGCUGAGUUUCAAAUGAUACGUGAACAGAAUUUAGAAGAGAAACAUCGUUUCAAUAUGCAACAAAGAAAAAACUCUACUUCCUCCUCCAAUUCGGGUAAACUGUAUAUUAAAAACUCCAAAGUGGGCAAUGCCAAAUUCAUUGGUAACGAUGAUAGUCCCUUGCCUCUUAGCCAUAAUCAAAUCACCAGCCAUAUGCAUUAUCCCAUACAAAAAAUGAGAUCCAUGGGCACCAUACCCGAUGUGGUAAGCGAACGCAUAGAACCCGAUCCAUUUCUAACACCCACCUCAGCGCGCAGACCCCAAUUUCCCCUGGUAACACAAUCAGCCGAAAAGGCGGGCACACCAUCUUCUUAUGCUGCAGCCAGAUUACUAACAUACGAUUGUGUGGAUGGUGCUCAGAAUCAUCAUUCGCAUAAUUCUCUAAGUGAGCUGUACUCACAGGAUCGUUUGGGUAAACUGAUUAUAAACAAUGAGGCCUCAUUUAUGUCAAGGACACCAUUUGAGCGAGCCUAUCGUCGUAGUCUCAUGAAGAGCUCUACACCACUGCGACAAUCAUUGGGUCUUAUACAACAGUACAGCAGCACCGAGGAGUAUAACGUUGCAACCCAUAUAAGACCACAUUCCAAUAAUGCUGCCUACGAUUUAAUGAGGAAUCCCAGUUCUGGCUCUUUAGUUAUAAGUGAAACAGGUUCAUUGGAUCGCAUGAAAAAUACCGCCGAAAAACGUAAAAAAGGGCCGUUGGAUGAUGGGCCUCGAGUGUCUGAUCGUGUGGAGGAAACUCGUGUUAAUCCGAAUUCUUUAAUUGAUGAGAUUUUGAAGGAUACAAAAUUGGAUCAGUUAGAGGAAACGGCUGAAACUUCCGGUUUACAACUGUAUAUAGGUAAAGAUGGCACCACAUCAUUUGGUAACCAUGAGCUUAAAUCUAGAGUCUCUGCUGGGGCUUUCAAACAGGUUGUCAUGGAGAAUCCAAGAUAGUAGCAUAAAUUUCUAAGCUAAAAUAAGACUUUUUUUCAAAACAACAACAACAACAAACAAACCUACUACUAUUACAAACUACAAAAAAAACUAUACUAUGUAAUAAUAAUAAAAAUAAUAAUAAUAAUAAAUAUACAUAUAUAUUGAUUGCUAUAAUACAAAAAUUAAAUUAAAAACAAAAUUAAAAUUUAAAAGAAAUUUAAUAAUUUAUAUAUUUAAAAAGAAAACAGAAACAAAUUAUUAAAAAUUACAAAACAACAAACAAACAAACCAUAAAUGUUAUUAUAUAUAGAAAAUAUACUAUAAAAUAUAUAUUAUAUUUAAAAAAAAAAGAAAAAGCAACAAGAAAAUAAUUUCCAUUGUAUUUAAACAAAAUAAUAAUAAUUAAAAAACGAGAA